AUGUGCGGCAUUUCAAAAGAAGAUCAGGGAGACUCUUAUGGCGCUGAUCGCUCCCUAGGGGCAUAUGAGUCCCCCAGGCGUCUCGGCCCCCAUUGCCCGUUUUGCUCUUACGACCUCGACAAAAGCCCAGAGCAGGCCAUUAAGGAAAACUGCGGCUUCAUAUGCCCCGAUCCCUGGGGAAAAGCCGACCCGCAUAGCUGCGGAGCACCUCACCCUUGCUGCUGCGCUCCUCGCUGCAACCGCGAAGCUGCUGCAGCGCGCGCCUUUCUGGGCAUCAACUGGUCGGACAAGUAUUCGAAACUUCGCAUUCCCCGAGAGGAGAUGUUCACAAUCUUGAAGAACAAUGGCUUCUAUCACAUUAAGACCUUCUCGCCAGACGGACUUGCGACGAUUGCGCAGGUGUAUGGACAGCAGGUCAGCGUCUAUGUGGGCCUGCCGAAUCGGCAGCUGACGGACUUGGCAAGCUCUCCUCAGCGAGCCGUAUCUGUGGUCCGACGACAGCUGAAACCCUUCGCCUCCAUCUUGCGCCUGGUUAUUGUGGGAAACGAACCGCUUCUAUGCAUCAAGACAGAGCAAUGGGCAGCCAAGGGCGAGUGCGGCUCCACAAACAGCCCUGCCAAGUUGCUGCCCGCUAUGAGAAACGUAAAGCGAGCGCUAAUCCAAGAAGGACUGGGGUGGCUGCCCGUAACGACAGCUCUAAAUGGGGGUAUCUUGGAGAUGUCUCAAAACCCUUGGACGCCCUGUAUUGCCGACUUCAGACCCUCGGUGUUGCCGAUUUUAAGGGAAAUCUGGGAGUUUCUGAGGUCGCAGAGCCCCCCUGCGCCCUUCAUGGUAAAUAUCUACUCCUGGUUUGCGGCUUUAGGCGGGCAUAUUCCCCCCUACCUAGCUGUAGGUUUUCCCGGAUCUGCCCUUCCCUCGGAUGGAGCAUACAGCUACUACUUCAAUUUUGACAUGCAACUGGACAUGCAGAGGGUAGCCCUCUGUAAGAACAACGUAACAGACCUGGACCUCUGGGUUGGCGAGACGGGAUGGCCAUCUGCAGGAACUGCAAAAGCUACUCCUGCGAACGCCUACUGGUAUUUUAGAAAUACCAUAAAGAGGGCCCAAGGACUGAUCAUAAACGAUCCGGAAAAAGACACCAUCAGGCUUCGUGGAAUUCCUUUGCCGGUCUUUCUGUUUGAGGCCUUUGAUGAAAUGUUCAAGUUCGAGGUCGAGCACGGAAACAUAUUCGAAAAUUCAUUCGGCAUUUUUCGAGAGGAUGGCUUGCCCAAAUGGGAGCGCAAUGAUGGGCUUAUUGACCUCCCAAGCCUACAACAAGAAGCACAGGAGGUAAAGGGCGCCGCUGGCAUUGGAACAGACCGUGCUGCGGAGGGUGACCCCAAAAUUGGAAAGGAGUAA